AUGCCCCCGAAACCUGCUGCAGAUGCCCCCCCACCAGCUGCUGCAGCAGCUCCACCAGCUCCAGGAGCCCCACCAGCCCCAGGGGCCCCACCAGCUCCAGGAGCCCCACCUGCCGAGACCAAGCCACCUGAACAGACACCUGAAGAAAUGUCAUUUUAUGCUCCAGAUUACCUAUAUUUGACCAUCGUGGCUCUAAUUCUUUUCCCUCCCCUGGGAAUACCAGCCAUCCUCUUCUCUCGCAAGACCAAAGAGGCCAACAAGAACAGCAAAUGGGAAGAGGCUUAUAUCAACUCAGGCCGAACUGGAUGGCUGGAUGUAUUCGCCAUACUUAUCGGUUUAGGCCUCAUUUAUUACCUGGUCCUAUUUAUGUGAAGGCCAGGCCCAGUAGCCAAUGGGUUCAU